CUUCACGCAAGGGUACCGUUUGGCUAUCGAUCUUGUCAGCCUCUGGGCCACCACCAGGUACAUGUGGAGGCUCCCAAGGGCCCGCGCCGCGUUUCGUGGGGUUCGGACGGCGGUGGAGCGGCGCGGCCGAGCCGAGACAGGGACUGAAGCAACGACAGGAGCUAUGGAGCGCGCGGUAGUGCGCUGCGUGCCCACGGAACCCAAGCUGAGUUUGUCUUUCGCUCUGGCGGACGGCAGCCACAAGAAUAUGCAGCGCGACCAGAGCGAACCACUGGGUCGAGUCCUUAGCCGGAUCGCCACCAACGCCCUUAAGGGUCAUGCCAAGGCCGUGGCGGCCAAGAAGAGCAGGAAAAACCGGCCGAACGCAAGCAGCGACUUUGAUGGUGCAGGGCCUGGACCCGAGGCGGGCGCGCCCUGCGAACCCGUGGUGAAGUUAUACUACCGGGAAGAGGCGGUGGCUGAGGACGUGCUCAACGUGGAUGCCUGGCAGGACGGCGCGGUUCUGCAGAUCGGCGACGUCAAGUACAAGGUGGAGCGCAACCCACCAGCCUUCACUGAAUUGCAGUUGCCGCGCUACGUUAUGGCUGGCUUUCCCGUGUGCCCCAAGCUCAGCUUGGAAUUUGGGGAUCCCGCGGGCUCCCUCUUUCGCUGGUACAGGGAAGUUAAGCCCCGAGCCAUGGCGCCGGAGGGCGAGGGCCCCUCGUCCUUGUCUCCCACCUCCGCUUCCCCUACUUGGACCGAGACGGGUGUGAACGAGCGCGUCUUCACUCCGUCCAAUGCCGACAUCGGACUACGGCUCAAGCUUCAUUGCACCCCAGGCAACGGUCAGCGCUUCGGUCCUAGCCGAGAGCUGGAAAGUGUCUGUCCCGUGGAGGCUGGACCCGGCACCUGCACCUUUGAUCACCGGCAUCUCUACACCAAAAAGGUGACGGACGACUCUCUCAUCCGGACGGUCUCCUACAACAUCCUGGCCGACACGUAUGCUCAGACCGAAUUCUCCCGAACAGUCCUGUACCCAUACUGUGCCCCCUACGCCCUGGAGCUCGACUACCGCCAGAACCUCAUCCAGAAGGAACUCACAGGCUUCAAUGCCGACCUCAUCUGUCUGCAGGAGGUGGACCGCGCCGUGUUUUCCGACAGCCUGGUGCCUGCCCUGGAGGCCUUCGGCCUAGAGGGCGUUUUUCGAAUCAAGCAGCAUGAAGGUCUGGCCACCUUCUACCGAAAGUCCAAGUUCAGCCUGCUGAGCCAGCAUGACAUUUCUUUCCAUGAAGCCUUGGAGUCCGACCCACUUCACAAAGAACUGCUAGAAAAACUAGCUUUAUACCCACCAGCGAAGGAAAGGGUGUUCCAGAGAUCUUCUGUCCUUCAGGUUUCAGUUCUUCAGUCUACAAAGGACUCAUCUAAAAAGAUUUGUGUUGCUAAUACCCAUCUCUACUGGCAUCCAAAGGGUGGGUACAUUCGUCUCAUUCAAAUGGCAGUAGCCUUGGCUCACAUUAGACAUGUGUCAUGCGAUCUCUAUCCUGGCAUACCAGUUGUAUUUUGUGGGGACUUUAAUAGUACGCCAUCAACAGGAGUAUAUCAUUUUGUCAUCAGUGGCAACAUUCCAGAGGAACAUGAAGAUUGGGCUUCCAAUGGGGAAGAGGAAAGAUGCAACAUGUCUCUUUCCCAUUUCUUCAAACUGAAAAGUGCUUGUGGUGAACCUGCUUACACAAAUUAUGUUGGUGGCUUUCAUGGAUGUCUGGAUUAUGUUUUCAUUGACUUAAAUGCUUUAGAGGUUGAACAGGUAAUUCCAUUACCUAGUCAUGAAGAAGUUACCACCCACCAGGCCUUACCUAGUGUUUCACAUCCCUCUGAUCACAUAGCACUUGUGUGUGAUUUGAAAUGGAAAUAGGAACUUGUUAUAAGUUUGAAAAGGAAGU